AUGGGUAAUCCAAUGAUGACUGACAAAGCUCCCAUUAACGUUAUGGAGUGGUCUCCAGAGUACGUUAGAAAAUAUCUUGAGAAGCAUAUGAAGAGUUCGCAUUUUAAAGAGGAUGCUAUUAAUAAGUUACUAGAAAGGAUCAUAGAUUGCUUUCAACAACUGAAUAGAAAUACCCCUACGUUCGUUAAAGUCAUAACUGCUACUGAAUUCAAAAAAUUUCGUGAAAAUAAUAAAAGGCAAUUAGAAAAGCUUAAUAAAAUGAUGAACACA